UUUAGCCCCUGGAAACGUGCAUGUCUUUGGUCACACCCUGUCGUGGCUGACGCUUUUCCUGAACGAACUAGUAGUUCAAUGUAAGCAGCUUUUAAAUAAAUAUCAUCCCAUUUCAUUUGUAAAGUUUCUCGAGUCGUGUAUGCCAGAAUGCCUCACACGGUCGUUACUACUACAACCACAACCACAUCUUCGUCGGAUGGAGGAGUUUGCAACAUCGGUUAUGCGCGUUCAUUUCAAGGAUUGCUGAAAAUCGGCCAAGUGGUGAUCCUCCUGAUUGCCUUCCUUUGUGUGCACUGCGAGGGGUACAGUUUCUCUGCCUACCGCUACUUCGAGGUGGUCACUGCAUGGUUUCUCAUCGUCUUCUUAAUCUUCUUCCUCAUGUAUUUGUUUCGGCUUCAAAGCAAAAUCGCAUGCAUCAACUGGACCUUGACGGAGUUUUUACAUUAUGCUGUGGGAGGAAUUCUGGUCUUUAUCGCCUCGAUUGUUGUUGCUGUGAAGAGUAAUGGGAUCGCGGCUUUAAUUGCUGGAUCUGUGUUUGGCUUUAUAGCUACUUUUCUUAUUGCGAUCAGCAUAUGGACUUCUUAUAAGGUCACAUGCGGCUCUCAACCAACUGGUGCUGCAGUGUAACUGGAUGGAACACACUUGUCUUAUCAGAUGAAGGUAUCAAGAAAAUAAAGUAUCGGCUAGGAUCAAACUCAGAAGUUUUCAGCAUUAAGGUUUAUUUUAAGAGUGGAGUUUUGAUAUAUUUAUCAACAAAGUCAGAAACCAAAAGACGACAAUUAUUCACAAGAAUGUUUACAUUAUUUAUUCAACAGUAUAUAUAUAUCGUGUGAUGCAGCUUUGAUUCAGUGCCUGUGAUCAAAGAAAGUUUUGGCUGAAAUGAGGUGUUCAUAAAAGAUUGAGAUGCUGACCCAUAGUAUUAUUACUAUUAUUACAAGAUUUGAAGUGUUUUUGUUUUUGUUGCUUUUUACUGUAUCAUUAUAUAUGAUAUUAUGAUUUGCAACUUUUAAAGUUUGAACAGUGUAUUUUGGCUUUCUAAAUGUAAGUGCCUUUGUUUUAUACAAUGUGAUAAAAAGAAAAAAAAAAGAUCAAUUAAAACAUUUGGAAUUUGAA